AUCGUCGGUUUUAGCGACGUAACAUAUUGCAAAUAAGAGGGAAAUAUUGUGAUAAACUUCCUUUAGGAUUAGUUAAUCUAGUUCAAAUUUAAUAAAUUCAAAAUGUUUAUCUUGGACUGGUUUACUGGCGUACUUGGAUUCUUAGGACUAUGGAAGAAGUCGGGCAAGCUGCUGUUCCUGGGGCUAGACAACGCAGGCAAAACGACACUGCUGCAUAUGCUAAAGGACGACAGACUUGCGCAACAUGUACCAACUCUGCAUCCCACAUCUGAAGAACUAUCAAUAGGCAGCAUGCGGUUCACGACGUUCGACCUAGGUGGUCACGAGCAAGCGCGGCGUGUGUGGCGCGACUACUUCCCCGCCGUCGACGCCAUCGUCUUCCUCGUCGAUGCCUGCGAUCGCCCCAGGCUGAACGAGUCCAAGAAGGAGCUGGACUCUCUGCUGACAGAUGAGACUUUGAGCAACUGCCCGGUGCUGAUCCUUGGCAACAAGAUCGACAAGCCCGGCGCCGCCAGCGAGGACGAGCUGCGCCAGUUCUUUAACCUCUAUCAGCAAACCACGGGCAAGGGCAAAGUUUCUCGAUCGGAGCUGCCCGGUCGGCCACUUGAACUCUUCAUGUGCUCCGUACUGAAGCGCCAGGGCUACGGCGAGGGCUUCCGUUGGCUUGCGCAGUACAUCGACUGAGCAUCACUCUAACAGCU